AUGUGUUUUUACACUUCAACGUUAAUCUUCUUUUGUAGAUAUUAAUUACGCUGAUUAGCUGUUAGCUCGGACGCAUCUGUGCUUUACGAUGGCUUUGAAUGCAAAUGCACUGUCCAGUGACAUAAGCCGGAGAAAUCCACAAGAUGAGUACGAGCUCAUUCAGAGGAUAGGUAGUGGAACGUACGGAGAUGUUUAUAAGGCCAAAAGACUUUCCAUGAAUGACCUCGCCGCUAUUAAGGUUAUCAAAUUGGAACCAGGGGAUGAUUUUGCAAUUAUUCAGCAAGAAAUUCUGAUGAUGAAAGAUUGCAGACACCCUAACAUAAUUGCGUAUUAUGGUAGCUACUUGAGAAGGGAUAAAUUAUGGAUUUGUAUGGAGUAUUGUGGAGGUGGUUCUCUGCAAGACAUAUAUCACAUAACCGGACCAUUAUCAGAAAUACAAAUAGCAUAUAUGUGUCGGGAGACCCUUUUGGGAUUGGCUUACUUACAUAGUAUGGGGAAAAUGCAUCGUGAUAUUAAAGGUGCCAAUAUAUUAUUAACUGAAGCUGGGGAUGUCAAGUUAGCUGACUUUGGAGUAUCAGCACAAAUUACAGCAACUAUCAAUAAAAGAAAAAGUUUCAUUGGCACCCCUUAUUGGAUGGCACCUGAGGUUGCAGCUGUAGAAAGGAAAGGGGGCUACAAUCAACUUUGUGAUAUUUGGGCAUGUGGUAUCACUGCAAUAGAAUUGGCAGAAUUACAACCACCUAUGUUUGAUUUGCAUCCAAUGCGAGUACUUUUUCUCAUGUCUAAGUCUGGCUUCAAACCGCCGACAUUAAAGGACAGAGACAAAUGGAGUCCAACAUUCCAUAAUUUUGUUAAAGUUGCUCUUACGAAAAAUCCUAAAAAGCGACCAACAGCCGAAAAACUUCUGCAGCACGCAUUUUUUCAAGGCGAAAUGAGUAAACGUUUAGCUUUGGAAUUGUUGCAAAAGGUAUCGAAUCCUAGUCAUAUGUUUACUGAUUUAGAAGCUGACGAAGACGGAGCUGUACCAAAUGUACCGCAAAGGAUCGCAUCGCGUCUUACCACAAGACCUAGACCAAAAAGCCCUCUACCACAAUUAGAUAGCGAUGAUCAAAUUAAUCUAGACGAUACGUUGCAAAGAGAAACGGUAUCCCCAUCUGUCGAUAUUAGUCCAGCAUUGGACAUUCUGGAUAUCAUGAAUAAUGUCAAGUCUGUUCAUAACUGUGACGUACAUCCAGACUGUGGAAUCGGUACAGCAUUUGAAGACGUCCAAGAGAAGAGUCUAUUGCAGUACAUUGAUGAGGAGUUGUUGCUAAGGGGGAAUGCAAUGUCGAUGGUUGGGGGGCAUUGCGAUCAGCUAUAUUCCCUGCAAGCUACACUUCCCCUUGGAGAGUCAUCAAAUGAUUGUGAAGUCCACUGUCCGUAUUACAAUGUGUCUGGAUCUCAAGCAAGUCCCAGGCGUCACAGCUCUGUGGACGAGUUGUAUGGUCUGGUGAGCAGUACACAGUCCUUAGCCGCUGUCAAUGGACAACGUCAACGAUCUCUUUCGGACAGUGGUCCUAGAGAUGAAUCCACACAGUCUAAUGGUCAAAAUGAGACGCCAGGUGACGGAGAUAGGGAAAGCAUGAGUCCAGACUUAUUAUCCGAUACGCCACCUGUUCCUCCAAGGAGAAGGGACAGGAAACGUCAUACGCCUCCCAGACCUAUCAGCAACGGACUACCACCUACGCCUAAAGUUCAUAUGGGGGCGUGUUUCUCAAAAGUGUUUAACGGGUGUCCCCUGAGAAUACAUUGUACAGCAAGUUGGAUUCAUCCAGACACAAGAGAUCAGCACUUACUGAUCGCAGCGGAAGAAGGCAUAUAUAACUUGAAUCUAAAUGAACUCCAUGAAACUGCGAUAGAUCAGUUGUAUCCGAGACGUACGAUUUGGAUGUACGUCAUCAAGGAUGUUCUCAUGUCUUUGUCUGGUAAAACUCCGCAAUUAUAUAGACACGAUUUAUUAGCAAUGCAAAGCAAACAGAGCCACAGGUUUUCACUGCACAUGAACAAAAUACCCGAGAGAUUAGUCCCUAGAAAGUUCGCCCUCACAACUAAGGUACCAGAUACAAAGGGAUGUACCAAAUGUUGCGUUGGAAGAAACCCGUACAACGGGUAUAAAUAUCUCUGUGGUGCAAUGCCAACGGGAAUCUUCUUAAUGCAAUGGUACGAUCCACUUAAUAAGUUUAUGCUUUUGAAGCAUUUCGAUUGUACUCUACCAUCACCAUUAAACGUAUUCGAAAUUAUUAUCACGCCCGAAAUGGAAUAUCCAAUGGUGUGCGUGUCCGUAAAGCAACCAUAUCAGCAGAACAAGUUGAAAUUAGACUUAAUCAAUAUGAAUUCAGGAGCAAGCUGGUUUCACAGCGAUGAACUGGAAGACAUGGAUGGCUCAGCCACUGUGAUACCAAGAAGAGAGAACCUUCAUGUUAUUAAUGUAACCCAACUAGAAAAGAAUGCAAUAUUAGUAUGCUAUGACAAUGUAAUAAAAGUUGUAACGCUGCAAGGAAAGCCAAGAUCAACCAGAAAGCAUAUGGCGGAAUUACACUUUAACUUUGAAAUCGAAUCUAUCAUCUGCUUACCAGAUAGUGUACUAGCAUUCCAUAAGCAUGGUAUGCAAGGUAGGAGUUUUAAGAAUGGUGAAGUUACACAGGAAAUCAGUGACCCGAGUAGGACAUAUAGAUUACUGGGAUCUGAUAAAGUGGUGAUGCUGGAGAGUCAUCUGGUUCAGUCGGGCACACUAACAGAAUCUGAAGGGGCAGACUUGUAUAUACUUGCUGGACACGAAGCUAGUUAUUAAAUUGCAUCUUCCAACUGUGAAUGUGCGAGCCCGGUGUGUUGCAAGUGAAUUGUGAUUCGCACAGACUGCGUGUAAAGUAAAACGUGACUUGUACUGAGAGGCAGUGGUCCAUGUUGGUAAGAGAAUAUUGUUAAUUAUUCUGUUUAAAGUGCACGGGAAGCGAAAGAAAAAUUGGUUACUGACGUACAUGGAUGUACACAUCAUUCGUCACUGUUCUCCAUGUAGUUAGUGCUGCAUAGACUGGUUAUUUACCAAGGAUUUUUAACGAAAACAGAUUUAGGAUUAGAACUCGAAAUUUAAAAAGAGGUAACGGAACGGAAUAUUGAAGGGAAGCAGGAAUACAUAUAUAUAAAAUCAUAUGUAAAUUCGCCCUUAUGC